AUGGACUAUGAAUCAUGCUUUGAAAGAGUUUGGAGGGCUGGUCUACUCCAAAAGGCAUUCAACAGCAACAUUCGUGGAAGACUUUGGAUAUACUUGAAGGAGUUCAUAACCGACAGAAAAUACUACCUAAAGGUAAAUGACCACAAGUCUCCGUUAAUCAUUUCUAAAGUAGGCAUUCCACAGGGGUCUGUUCUGAGCCCAACACUCUGCAACCUCUACACAAGGGACAGCAUGGAUGGAGUGACCGGACAUCAUACAGAAUUUGCAGAUGAUGCCAGCAUAUGGAACAGUGACAAGUCAAUUGAAAACGCCAUUGAAAAAACAAAUGAAGAUCUUCAUAAGAUUAUUAUAUGGUGUGAUCAAUGGAACAUGAGCAUAGCCUCUGAAAAAACUAAGGCAAUCCUAUUCAAAACUGACAUUGAACCCUUUAAGAAGUUGGUUUACAAUAAUAUUCCCAUUGAGCUGGUUCAAAACAAAAAAUUGCUAGGGGUAACCAUAGACAACAACUUGUCAUUCAACACCCACAUUCAUGAGAAGUCAAUGGCUGGCUACAGGGCACUAAAAGGACUUGAUUGUUUCACAAGUAAAUACAGAGGUUGCACACAGACUACAUAUAUGAAACUCUACAAAGCCUUGGUCUUGCCAAUUUUGGACUUUGGCUUACCUGUACUGGUCACUCAAACUGACCAAUGCAUACGCGCAUUUGAACCGGUCCAACGCAGCGCCAUGUUAAAAGCUAGUGGAUGUUUACCAAGUACAAGCACAGAAUCAUUGGAACUAUUAACAAAUACCCUACCAAUGAACAUUCACAUUAAGUUGAGACAAGCAGAGGAACUGGUCAGAAUUGUAGCCAAAAGAGAUGAAGAUCCACUGAAAGCAGACUUUAACAAGUGGAUGUCAAAUAGGUCAAGUUUUAGAGGGAAACCUACAACAUUUGCGCUUCUAAUGUGCCGCUACACAGAACUCAAAGACAAAAUCAAGCUAGAAAAUAUAGAGAAGGAAUUUGAGUACAACGUGAAGUACAUUGGUCUUUCUAGGACACGCGAAAAGGUUAACUUCGAACAAUUCACUGUGGAUAAGGAAACCCAGACAGCAAAUAUAGCACACAUACUAGAUGCUACAUCUGGAGGAGACAUCCUAGUGUUUACAGACGGCUCUUCACUGGGUAACCCAGGCCCUACCGGUGCGGGUGCUGCCAUCUAUCUUGAAGGAUACAAGACAAAUCCAGUUUUGUUAAAUAAGGGCGUGUCAAAACUUGGCAACAACUUUUCUGGCGAAAUGGCGGGUAUUGAACUUUCACUGGACUUCCUAACAGCUACAACACCACAAAGAAAAAACAUUCACAUAUUCACAGACUGCCAGGGAGCAAUAUCAACAGCAUUUUCAAGAGAGAUUCCCAAGAACAAAAUUGAAACCGUUUUUAACAUUAAAACAUCUGUAACAAGUUUAGAGGACAAUGGUAAUACACUCCAUGUGCACUGGAUACCUGGCCAUAAAAACAUAGAGGGAAAUGAGCUGGCUGACGAGCAUGCAAAAAAAGGGGCUAAGAAGGCAGCAGAAUUUGAUGAAGCAGAAUUCGAUGAUGAAAAGAAAGAUGCAGGUGAAGUCAUGCAAAUGAUGAAAAGAAAAGCAAUUAAUGAAAAAUGGUCAGCCCAAUACCGUAACUCUGAGAGGUCUUCCGCCAUACAUGACAUCUUUGUCACACCCGGGGUAAGAAACUGCGUUGGUGAAAAGAAAAGAAAAUGUUUCAGCCAAAUCAACCAACUCCUAAGUGGUCACACCCGGCUGAAAGAUCACUGGGCAAAACAGACACCAGACCAAACAGACAACUGUUGCAGUGUCUGCCAAGUUCCUGAAACCAUAGACCACUUCUUAUUCCACUGUAAAAAGUAUGAUGAAGCUAGAAGAGGACUGGAAGAAAGAACUAUGCAAAUACUAUACAGAUAUUGCAUACCCAAAGUAGCAAUUACGUUGGGGUUAUUAGCGGGUGAAAUAGAAGAAAUAACGAAUACCUGUGCGAAAGAAGAACUGAUGGAUUCAUAA